AUGUCUUCCUUGCAUGAGGCACUUCAAUGCCUCAAACCAACCUCGUGGGAUGAUGUCCCACAGGAACCCGCCGAGCUUCGCAAAUAUACCCCCCCAUCUUCCGAGAGUGACUCUUACCCUGGACUGGAUCUUGAUACGGACGAUCUCGCUUUCCCUAAAUUCGCGCCAUCCCAUACACGCGUUGGAGAAACCGAUCCGGAAAUCACAGCCUUACAAAAGGAAUGGGGAAAACCGUUGAAGAUGGGUGGACCAAAAGAUAAUCCACUAGAUGUGGCAGUAUGGAAACUUUCCGCAAAUGAUGGCGGAGGCUCAUGGUUUGGGCGGAGGAGUGUACACGAGGGCCUUCCUUUUGACCAAUGGCGGAACAAGAUCUCAACGGAGUACGAUGAGACACUGAAAGUCAACCAAAAGAAGAUCGCGAAGGGACAGACGCCCGAUGGGAGUAUUCGCGGAAUUGGGGCUGAACAGAAGGUAGAAUCGAUUGAGAUCAAAGACGAUAGUGGAUCCGUGCUGGGGGAUUUAAUCGUUUAUCAUGUCUCGGCCCAAUUCCCCAAGCCUACGGCCCCCCGUGAUUUUGUGGCCAUGAUCAUCAACUCUGAUUCAGGGUUGCAAAUCGGGGGCACCAAGCAGCCGGGCCGCAGCUGGAUGAUGAUCUCAAAGCCGUGUGACCACCCUGGCGUACCAGCUAAGAACGGCUAUACCCGAGGGAAUUAUGAAUCGGUCGAGCUUAUUCGCGAAAUUCCCAGGAAGAGCGCUGUCAGCAGCAGCAGCAGUUCCUCCAGCCAGAAAACCAAGAAAAACAGUGAUUCCUCAUCUUCUGGUGUGAGCUCGAGCAAGGAGGAGAAGCCUACGGAGAGCGACGAUGAUGCGAUCAAUCCAGUUGAAUGGAUCAUGGUCACCAGAAGCGACCCAGGUGGCAGCAUUCCACGCUGGAUGGUUGAUAAGGGAACACCUCGAAGUGUGGGAUUAGACGCUGCCAAAUUCAUCAACUGGGCUGUUCAGAAGGACAAGCCUUCCAAGAAGGAUAAGAGCCCGGAAACAGAGGCUAUCAAUGCAUCAAAGUCCGAUGCCAAGUCCGGACACUCCGUGAAUGACGAAUCCAACAGCGACCAAGCGGACGAUUCGGACUCGGACUAUGAAUCACUUGAAAGCGACGGUGAGCACUCGCAUCAUGGUUUGAUUGCCAGUGUCACUGGUCUUCUCAGCUCUGGUCUAGAAAGAUACGGACCACAGGUCCUGGGCUAUGGAUCCAACACUCAUGAAUCACAGACUCAUGGUGAACCAAGCGAGGGUCCAGGGGACGCAGAGUCCACAAAUCACUUGAGCCCAGGAAGUGCACGAGAUAAGCCAGCGUCUGAAGUCGAGUCUUCCAGAUCCCGCGAGCCAGAUCUCACUUCAUUGGCAUCCGCUCAGUCUGACGUGGGAGCACCUGUCGCUGACGAUCUCGCGCAUAACAAUAUGCGCCCAGAGGAACUGAUACAAAUGACAAAGAACGGCAAGCUCACGUCCCAUGAGAAAGAACUCGCCAAGCUGGCCCUUCGCAAACGCGAAGUUGAAGCCAAACUUGAAGAAGUUCGCGCGGAAAUGGAGAAACUCAAUGUUUCACAACUACCCACCAACCCAGGAACCCCACUCAAAGGCAUCAACGAGACAGAUAGCGAUGCCAGUGGACUUCGCAAGCGUGCAGCAACCAAUCGCUCUUCUACGCCUUCCAGUAACGCUACACCGCAGAGCACUCAAGACAGCACUGAGAAAUCCUCACAAACCGCCACACCUGAUCACGCCUCCAGUCACAAAGCGGCGGCACAGCUGUUGAGUGGAGAGACAAAGCUCCUUAAGCAGCUGCGCAAGAUCGAGGCUAGUCAACUUAAGGUUGCAUCAAAGAUUGAGACCAAGCAACGAAAGCACGUGGAACGGUCUGAGAAAUCCAAGUCCAAAUCAGAGGUUGAAACUCUGCGGCAGGAAGUCCAUGAUCUCAAGAAAGAGGUUCGGCAGCUGAUGAGCGAUCGUCAGAAAUGGGUUGAUCUUGUAGGCUCACUGCAGGCGGAGAAUUCGAGACUGAUAGAUCGAGCCGAGAAGUGA